AUGGAAGAACUUGGAAUUAUUUUACCUGAUAAAGAUGUCUCUGAAAUUGACGUUAAGCCUGUAAUAGGCCACUACUCAGGCGUUGGAGAUGAUUUAGAUGUUGAAGAUCUUUACACAAGAUAUAAGAAAUUACAACGGAUGCUCGAAUUUCUCCAAGUUCAAGAGGAAUACAUUAAAGAUGAGCAGCGCAAUUUGAAAAAAGAAUAUUUACACGCCCAAGAAGAAGUUAAGCGUAUCCAGAGUGUGCCGCUUGUAAUUGGACAAUUUUUGGAGGCUGUCGAUCAGAAUACUGGUAUCGUUGGUUCAACAACAGGCUCUAAUUAUUAUGUGCGCAUUUUGUCAACUAUUGACCGCGAGUUGUUGAAGCCUUCAGCUAGUGUUGCUCUUCAUAAGCACAGCAAUGCUCUCGUUGAUGUCUUGCCACCCGAAGCUGACUCUAGUAUUUCCAUGCUUCAAGCUGAUGAAAAGCCUGACAUUCAGUACAGCGAUAUUGGAGGUAUGGAUAUGCAGAAGCAAGAAAUUCGCGAAGCAGUUGAAUUACCGCUGACUCACUUUGAAUUAUACAAGCAAAUUGGUAUUGACCCACCACGUGGUGUCUUGAUGUACGGACCACCCGGUUGUGGUAAAACUAUGCUUGCUAAGGCUGUAGCUAGACACACAACAGCUGCUUUCAUCCGUGUUGUCGGCUCUGAAUUUGUCCAAAAGUAUCUUGGUGAAGGUCCAAGAAUGGUAAGAGAUGUCUUCCGUCUUGCUAAAGAAAAUUCUCCAGCUAUUAUCUUCGUUGAUGAAAUUGAUGCUAUCGCUACAAAACGUUUUGACGCUCAAACUGGUGCUGACCGUGAAGUUCAGCGUAUUCUAUUGGAAUUGCUUAACCAGAUGGACGGUUUUGAUCAAACAACUAAUGUUAAAGUUAUCAUGGCAACUAACCGUGCUGAUACAUUGGAUCCGGCUCUCUUGCGUCCUGGUAGAUUAGAUCGUAAGAUUGAAUUUCCACUUCCCGAUCGUCGUCAGAAACGUCUUAUCUUUUCAACAAUUACUACUAAAAUGAAUCUAAGUGAGGAAGUCGAUCUUGAAGACUACGUUGCACGACCUGACAGAAUUUCAGGUGCUGACAUUAACGCUAUUUGUCAAGAAGCCGGUAUGCACGCUGUACGUGAAAAUCGUUACAUUGUUCUUGCUAAAGAUUUCGAGAAAGGGUACAAGAAUAAUAUUAAGAAAGACGAAUCUGAACAUGAAUUUUACAAAUAA